UACCUCGAGUUUCGGCAUCGUGUUCAAAGAUCUUGGGCAUCGGCAAGAUGAACUUGUUUUCGUUACUUUUCGUACUUGCUUGGGCACGAAAUGCUUUCGCCGACGACACCAAGUUCACCAACCCUACGAAGCCUUCUGGUCUUGAAGGUCCCACGUUCGUAUCAGGUCAAGAUGUCGUCUUCACCUGGACGACAGAUGUUGACAAGCUUAACCUGCUACUGUGGACAAACCAAAACAAACAGUACAUCACGUUAGGAAAGGGUAUCUCGUCCAAGUCCUUUACUUGGAAAGUAAACUUCAAUGCUUUUUCCAACACAGACCCACCAAACGACACUUACUACUUCCUUGGCCUCUAUCUUGAUGGCUCGACGAGCUCUUUAGCUGAAUCUACACAUUUUUUCAUUGGACUACCUGAUGGGAGUGAAUCCGGGUCUACUUCAACUUCCACACUCUUCACUCCUUCGCCAACUAGUGAUUCGGCAACCACAACCUCGUCAGGCAGCUCUUCAGCAACGUCAGCAAGUGUUACUGCGACGUCCGGUUCCGGUACCAAAGGUCUCGGCGCAGGUGCCAUAGCCGGCAUCGUUAUCGGGGCUAUUCUGGGGGUAGGCCUAUCCGUAUGUGCAGGAAUUCUACUGGCGAGGAGGAGAUACCGGGGGAAAAGGGAUCUUGGCGACCAAGGGAAUAGUCAAGGAGAGAUAUCUGUAUCCCCAAACGCCACUACCGACGUCAAAUACCAUUCGACUCCUGUGCAAGAGGCACCCAGAGGUGGGAACGUUGCUCAUUCACCCGCACCAGUUGAGCUUGGAUAGGGUAUACACACAGUAGUAGAUCAGAGGUAUCAUCAGUCUGGUUCGCCAAAUGAUU